CAGGGGUUUGAUGAGGUCGUCUACGUAGAGCUGACUCUACAGGGGUGGGACCUAUGGGUGGGACAGCCAAACUUUCGACAGGACGUUGCCUGGGUUUGUGGCCAUCAUUUGAAAGCAGAAGUCUUUUCCUCUCGCAUUAGAAUCGUCGUAAACGACCAUCAUGUUCAGCUGGUCUAAACGAGAAGGAAAGAAAGAACCAGAACUUUUCCAAAACGUGUCGGAGGGACUGAAGCGCCUCUACCGCACCAAACUCUUCCCUUUGGAGGACACCUAUCACUUCCACGACUUCCAUUCGCCGGCUUUAGAAGAUGCUGACUUUGACAACAAGCCAAUGGUGCUGCUGGUGGGACAGUACUCGACCGGGAAGACCACCUUCAUUAGGCAUCUGAUGGAGCAGGAUUUCCCCGGGAUGAGGAUAGGCCCCGAGCCGACGACGGACUCCUUCAUCGCGGUUAUGCACGGCGAGCAGGAGGGCGUGAUACCUGGCAAUGCGCUGGUCGUGGACCCGAAAAAGCCUUUCCGAAAACUCAACGCCUUUGGAAACGCUUUCCUCAAUAGGUUCAUGUGUGCUCAGUUAAACAACCCCGUCUUGGAGAGCAUCAGUAUCAUCGAUACUCCAGGCAUCCUGUCAGGGGAAAAACAGAGGAUCAGCAGAGGCUAUGACUUUGCAGCAGUUCUUGAGUGGUUUGCAGAACGAGUGGACCGAAUCAUCUUGCUCUUCGACGCCCACAAGCUGGACAUUUCUGAUGAGUUUUCAGAGGUGAUCAAGGCCCUGAAAAACCAUGAGGACAAGAUGCGUGUGGUUCUGAACAAAGCUGACCAGAUCAGCACCCAGCAGCUGAUGAGGGUGUACGGUGCCCUCAUGUGGUCACUGGGGAAGAUCAUCAACACCCCUGAAGUGGUCAGAGUGUAUAUCGGCUCAUUUUGGGCUCAGCCACUUAUGAUCGCAGAUAACAGGAAGCUGUUUGAGGCAGAGGAGCAGGACCUCUUCCGAGAUAUUCAAAGUCUUCCCCGGAAUGCAGCUCUACGGAAACUCAACGAUCUGAUCAAAAGAGCACGUCUCGCUAAGGUACAAGCUUACAUUAUCAGUUCUCUGAAGAAAGAGAUGCCAAGUGUAUUUGGCAAAGACUCAAAGAAAAAAGAGCUUAUUAACAACUUGGGGGCUAUAUAUGAAAAGAUUCAGAAAGAGCACAACAUCUCACCAGGAGACUUUCCUAAUUUAAAGAAAAUGCAGGAGUUGCUAGCUGUUCAGGACUUCACCAAAUUUCCCGCCAUUAAACCAAAAUUGCUGGAAGCUGUGGAAGACAUGCUAGGUAACGACAUCGCUAAGCUCAUGACGCUGGUCCGUAAGGAGGAGGCCGACAUGCCCAGCCAGUCAGUGAAGGGUGGUGCGUUCGAGGGGACCAUGAAUGGGCCAUUUGGUCACGGAUAUGGAGAAGGUGCAGGUGAAGGCAUUGAUGAGCUGGAAUGGAUCGUGGGCCGUGAUAAGCCAUCCUAUGACGAAAUAUUCUACACGCUCUCACCAAUUAAUGGGAAGGUAUCUGGUGCCACGGCUAAGAAAGAGCUGGUGAAGUCCAAGCUGCCAAACACAGUGCUUGGAAAGAUUUGGACUCUGGCAGAUGUUGACAAAGACGGCUAUCUGGAUGAUGAAGAGUUUGCACUCGCGAAUCACCUGAUCAAGGUCAAGCUUGAGGGGCACGAGCUUCCGGCCAAACUGCCUGCUCAUCUUGUGCCCCCUUCCAAACGGCAGGAGCAGAAUUGAAGAGUUGGUUGGAUCUCAGUGGCUUUCAGCUACAUUC